CGGCACCCCGGCGGAUAGCAACAUGAACGAGGAGCUGCAGAGGGUUGGCGCGGUGGCAUCUCACAUGGCCACACGCCUACAAAAUCCCUUUGACAGUGACCGCACUGGGCCUGGCACAGAGACCACCACGCCUGCUGUUGCAGCACUGCUGGCUUCAUCACAGGCGGGACGAAGCACUGAUGUAGACGAUGCCGACAUGCAGUGCGAGAACUCGUGGCAGUGGGAUUUGCCACACAGCCAGGAUGAAGAACCGGCUAUACAGUGUACAGUCCCACAAAAUGGUGACCCUGCUCAGCUAGCACAAAGGACUCCGCCAGCAACAUCCCCACCUGGAGUCGUGCCAACUGCAGACCUGCCAGCUGUAGUCCUGCCAGCUGCUGUGCCACGGGUGCCAAUAGCCUGCCAUGAAAGACGAACCAACGCAAGCCGGCCGUCCUGCUCAAGGAAUGAUGCUGUGACGAGCGAGCUGGGUGCUCGGCUUGCUGCCAUCACGAAAGAUGCGCGGCAAAAGAGGAAGGAGCACUUGCUUCGCAUGAAGCUUCUACGUGAGGACCAUGAGCUUCGCACGAAACUCGCUCGUGAUGAGCAUAAUGAUAGACUACAGAAAAGGGAGGCAGAGCACGCACAACAAAUGGAGAACUUGAAAGCAAAAAAGGUCCUUCUUGAACUGAAGAUUAAGCUUCUUAACAAGCAAAAUGAAUGAGGCCUAAACAAGAAAAAAAAUUUUUCGUUAAAGAGAAAAAGGUGUCUUAAUGAAAAUAACAGAAAUUUGAGAGUUUUACGUGCUGAAACCACCACUUGAUUAUGAGGCAGCCAUAGAGUGGGAGCCCGAAAAUUUUAAGAUGGUUCUUUUACAUGCCUCUAUAUCUAAGUACACGGGGAAUUUCACAUUCCAGCGCCAUCAGAAUGAAUUGGCUACCACAGCUUGGAUCGAACCUGUGACCUUGAGUUUGCAGCCCCGCACCAUAGCCACUGAAGUACUGCCAGUUUCAUUACAUUGUAGCUGUGUGGUCUGUCUCUCUUGUGGUCCUCACAUUGUACUUGCAGCGUCAGCGCAUGAAUUGGUUAAAAACUGUCAGUUGUUGACAUCAACGUUGUUUUGCAGCCAUUAAGUUUCAUGUGAAGCUCAUGGUCAUCACGAGGAAACCUCAUGCAUUUAAAAGUCUUCUUGCUUAAUGUGUCAUCCGCUCCGCACCUGGGCGGACAAGGGAGGAUGGCUAGCUAGAUGUCUUGAAAAACAUGUGAGCUUUUCGAUGAGUGAGUUUGGAAUGCCUUGCCUUCACGGGCUUGUCGAAAAGUUUACAAGUUUUUCAGGGCGUGCAGCCUGUCAUCCGCUCUCGUCCACCUGCCUGCAGAAGGUGCAUUGAGAAGUACUGGCGCUUACACGCUUUGUCAGAUUCAUAUGUGUUCCACUCAUUGUUUCUUGUAUGUUUUUGAAUGAGGAUUCGAGAAGAAGCGUUGGGCCAUGGCAUGGUAGUUCCAUUUCGAUGUCGAUAAUGUAACAAAUCAGCGGCAAAAUCUUCUGUAACAUCGAGCUUGAGGUAUGCAUUAAUCUGGAUGCAACAGAAGAUACCAUGCUGAGAAAUUUGUGAAACAAGGAUGAGUGCUGUUUAUUCUACUCUGUGCAAAGCAUGCUGAUAACAUUGCUGUUGUGCCCCAUAGACACAUGUGCAAACAAUAAUAUUUUUAAUGCUUGGCUCCUCAAAAACACACGCAUGAUGUUUUGUACCACCAGUUUCAGAGAUUUGUAAAUGGUUAUCACGUCUAACCGCGUCAAAUCAAUUGGGUAUGACAACUGUAUCGCUUAAUAUUCUGUUGUGCAAUUGGGAUGUCAUUGAGCAUGUAAAUAACAGAAAUGUUACAUACGUUUAGCUCCUUGCCUUGCAUUUGUUACAUUCAAAAGUGCAUAGCAUCACUUUGAGUGGAGGGGGGGGGAGCAGCAUAUCCAACAGGUUUAUAAAUGGUCUGAAAUUUGGCAGCGGUUAUGUGGUAUUAGUGCAAACAGCUGCAAAAGCGUUUGACAAGAAAAACUAAGAAAUAAGCCGCGCACAAGUGCCAACUGUGUAUGUUAGUACUCUCGUCAUUCCGCAACUAACAGCUGCCUUUAGAAUGGUUGUGGUGUAGUUCGACGGUGUGUUGGCCAAAUGAGAGGAAGGGCCUGGUAAAGUGCGGGCAGUCACUGUUGUUGUGUUGCUCGUGCUGUGCAUGUACGUGCGCACUCUGACCAUGCAAGUGUCGGUGGCGCCAACGCUUGGGAUGGCUUGAAAACAGGAGAUGGAAUAUGCAAAAUGUUUUAUUAAAAUGAGUAUUAAGGUAGAUGGCUGGGUAUCUUGCUUGGUUUAUGUCACUGUAUGUAGCAGGCACACUUCUUUGACUGUUUUUCACAAUGUAUUGCGUUGGGCACAAUUUUCGAGUGGCUAGAAAGGUGCUUUUCAAGCCAGGUAGACAUGAAAUAGUCGAUCCUGUAGUGAGUUUUCGCAUGGCAUCCACUUCCUGUAAACUUGAAGAAA